AUGCGAUCUCGCGAUCUGUAUCUAGAUCAUUAUACCUUGAAUUCUUUCCUGGAUGGCCUGUGUAAAACGCAACAGAUUGACAAGGCCAUGAUAUUGUUUCGAAAGAUGGAAGGUUCCAAAUUUGUCCCAAACUUUGUGACUUACAAUAUUAUAAUGAAUGGCAUGUGUAAUGCCAGAAAGCUCGACGAUGCUAAGGGGCUGUUUGAUUGUUUGCAUGCUCAAGGUUUGCAACCUAACGUGUGGGCAUGUAACAUUCUCAUGCAUGGGUUGUGCAAAGGAGGACGUACAGCGGAAGCAUAUCAACUCUUAAAGGAGAUGGAAGGAAAUGGAUGCUUCCCAGAUGGGGUCACUUAUAACACAAUAAUCCAAGGACUACUAAGAAAUAACAAAAGUACUAGAGCUGCGCAACUUGUCGGUGAAAUGGUUGAAAGGGGUUUUUCUGCAGAUGUAGCAACGAUGGAGUUGUGGGUCAAAUAUCUCAUGACAGAUGGAACUUCUUCCUUUUCUAGUAGAACUCUCCAUUGUCUCUGA